CAUCGAGAGCCACCGCCAACAUGAAGCUCACAAACCCCCACGAUGUGCCUGUGUACACUAUUUCCGGGAGCGAUACCGCAAGGCCGCUCCCAGACUGGCUUGCUAGGAAAAGGAAGCGCAGUUUGAAGAACGAUGCGGAAUACCAAAAUCGUGUGGAGCUGCUUCAAGAUUUCGAAUUCGAAGAGGCGAGCGCCUGCGUUCGAACCAGUGAUGAUGGUGACUGGGUUAUGAGCACUGGAACCUAUAAACCACAAAUCCAUACGCAUUAUUUGCCCCAUCUCUCUCUAUCUUUCGCUCGACACACAAGUUCCCUCAACUACACCUUCAUCCUUCUCUCGUCCGACUACUCGAAAUCUUUGCAUCUACAAACCGACAGGAGUCUCGAAUUCCACACGCCCGGUGGAUGCCAUUACCGUACACGCCUCCCUCGAUACGGUCGCGAUCUGAAAUAUGACAAACAUCUGGCCGAGGCUAUUAUUCCUGCCGUCGGCGUUAAUUCCGACGGGAGUGGCGAGGUAUACCGCCUGAAUCUCGAAGUUGGAAGAUACAUGAAGCCAUACCAGGUGGACGUUGGUGGAGAUGACAUGACGACUUCAGGAGGCGGUGCCCUGCAGGGAGGAAUUAAUACUGGAAGUGUGAACGUUGCUGCUAUUGCAGAAGACAGCCACAACCUAAUGGCAUUCGGAACAUCAAUAGGAACAGUGGAGUUUUGGGAUUCGAGGUCAAAGUCAAAGAUCGGCAUGCUGUCAGGUCACCAAGGCGGUGUCACAGCUCUCGAUUUCGCCAGAUCUGGGUUAUCCUUAGCUACAGGAACCUCCGAGGGUAUUGUUCAGAUUUUCGACCUGCGAAAGUCGGUGCCGUUGUUGAAAAAGGAUCAAGGAUACGGCUACGCUAUUCAAACUCUCAUGCACCUCACGACAUCGUCUCAGGAAAAGAAGAUCCUUUCGGCUGAUAAGCGUAUCAUCAAGCUUUGGGAUGAAGCAGACGGCACACCAUGGACAUCUGUCGAACCGGCUGUCGAUAUCAACUGCGUCGCGCAUUGCAAAGAUAGCGGUAUGCUCUUGACGGCGAACGAAGGCAAGCAACAACACUCGUUCUUCAUCCCACAACUCGGCCCAGCGCCAAAGUGGUGCGGAUUCCUGGACAACAUGGUUGAAGAGAUGGCCGAAGAGGAGACUACCGAGACCUACGACAACUACAAGUUCUUGACAUUACCAGAAUUGAAACAGCUCAACAUGGGCCACCUUGUUGGUACCACCAGCUUGUUGCGACCAUAUAUGCACGGUUACUUCGUUGCUUCGAAGCUCUACGAGCAAGCCCGCCUUAUCGCGAACCCAUACGUAUGGGAAGAGGAACGCACCAAGAAGAUCAAGGAGAAGGUUGAAAAGGAGCGCGAGAGCAGAAUCAGAGGCAGCGGCAAGAAGGUCAAGGUCAACCAGAACCUCGUGGAUAAGAUGCUCAAGAGACAGGAGAGGAGAGAGAAGGUCGAUGAGGACAGGGGUGUCCUGGGCGACGAUCGUUUCGGCAAGCUGUUCGAGGAUGAAGAGUUCGCCGUCGACGAGAAGAGUAGGGAGUUCCAGAUGCUCAACCCCAGUACCAAGGUUGGAGACGGAGCGCCCAGGCCUCGCGGAACCAAGGAGAACAGUAGCGAUGAGAGUGAAGGCGAGAGCGAAGACGAGAUCGCGGCCAAGCCGAAACCCGAGAUGCGCAUUUCUUCAUCCUCGUACAAGAAGUCCGGACAUCAAAAGAGGGAUACUGCUUUGGGAUCAAGAGCGCAACCAAGUGGUCGGGGUGACAGGAAACGGGGCGACGUGGUUGGUGAGAGACAAAUCACGUUUGCGCCAACGGUCAAGACGAAGGAGAGGGAAGCGAAGCCGGAACAACCUAAGCAAGGCAAACGAGACAACAGGCGAAGUGCAAGUGGAAAUGUAUUCCGACAACUAUAAGUCUAGCUACCUCAUGAAAUACCCGAUAUACCCAAAGCGCCUUGCUAGUCCCGUAUCCACGAGCGAAUUAACGCCGAACCAACCCGUCAAUACACAUAACCCAUCAGUACAUAUCUCAUCGACCCCACUAAUCUCUCAUCACGACUACCUCUCAGUCUUCCUUCCCCACUUGGCAAACUUGCUAGGCGCUUUCAUCUCAAUCGCAUCCGCCUUUAUAUUUGCCUUUUCGAGAUCCUCAUUCGUUAUCCUUGGCGUCGGAGGCACCUCGUCAAUCUUCGACAUGCCCCUCGAGUUUCUCUUGGGGUUGCGCACGUUCUUUGGGAAUUCGGAUCGGCGUGGAGUAAGAGCAGUUGCGACGCGCUUGGCGGACUUUCUGAUACUGGCGCGGAUCUCCCAGGACCUCUUCUUCGCCAGGUAAAAUAGGACAGACGAAACAACUGAGAAUGGUCAGAUAGAGGCUCGCUGGAGUAUCUAUGGUCAACAUACCUCCGAAUACCACGACAAAUCCAACGACAACACCAAUUGCGAUAAUUCCUCCCCUCGAUAUGGUGACAGACCCGCUACUCGGACCAGCAGCGCCGGCGUCGUCCCCACUUGGAGUGUUAGAUGCUGGUACAGGAUCUGUGAAUAGGGCCGCGAAUUCCUUCGAGGCAGAGGCUUGAGCGGCAGACAUUUCGGGUGUAUUACCAGUCGGAGUUGGAGUUGGCGUAUUGUUAUCUUGGGCGAAGGUCAAAAAGGCAAGAUGUAGCCAGCAGCAGGCGGUAAAUAGAAUUGAAGACCCCAUUAUAUCGUGAC